AAAUUGGACUUAAGGUUCACCAGAUGACACUACCGCCGCACAUUCACAUUUCUAUCACUAACUAUCACAGCAAAAUUGAAUUCAACAAUAUAAAAAGAUGAAGCUGUCCAUACGGAUGCUGGACCAACGCACAAUCACCUUGGAGAUGAACGAAUCGGACGAUGUGAGGACUCUAAAGCAGAGAUUGGGCAAUUUGCCCGAAGUUGCCUUGCCCCCGGAGAACGUUCAGCUAAUAUACAGUGGUCGCAUUAUGGAGGAUGCUAUGCCCCUCAGUGAAUAUCGCAUAGCCGAGGGCAGGAUCAUUGUUUUGAUGGGUAAGAAGAAGGUUGGUGAGAGCCCGCCUGUGGAGCAGGUUUCCCCGCCAUCACCGUUGGCCGCUGGCCCUAUUGUAAUGCGCACGCAGGAUGUAACGCCUUCUAUUGCUUCUAACGAGCAGUUGGUGCGCGAGCUCAUGUCCAUGGGAUAUGGCGAACAGGAGGUACGCUCAGCUCUACGGGCCAGCUUCAAUCAUCCGGAAAGGGCUAUAGAGUAUCUGAUUAAUGGGAUUCCUCAGGAGGCUUCUCCCCAGCAGGAAUUAGCGGAAAUCCCGAGCGGACAGUCAACUGAAGAGCUGCAGCAUCUAAUGGCGGAUCCUCGCAUGACCCGAGUGCGUGAAAUGAUUCGUGAGAAUCCAGAACUAAUGCAGCUAGUCAUGGAAAGAUUGGCUGAAACCGAUCCGGCUGCCUUUGAAGCUGUUCAGCGCGACCAGGAGGGGUUUAUGACCAUGCUUUCAGGUGCUGCCGGUAGUGCUGGCGGCGCCAGUCACAAUCCGGAUGAGGGAGAACACUUUCAAGUUGCCUUGAGCGCCGAAGAAGCCGCCGCCGUAGAGCGACUGGAGGCACUGGGUUUCGAACGUGUUAUGGCCGUCCAGGCCUACCUGGCCUGCGACAAGGAUGAGCAGCUGGCCGCCGAGGUACUAUUCCGCGAGUCGGAGGAGGAUCGGAAUGAAUAAACCGACUGGGCGCACGUAAAUGCAGCCAGAACAUAA